AUGUUCAAACUAAGCAGGAGAUACAUUGUGCUGUCACUUCGUGCAUAUCAUGAAAAUCCAUUGGGAAUACCUCGCGUUGGAAAAGGACCAGCCCCGACCAUGCCCCGAAGUCAAAAGGGCCUCCCUAUACGGCAAAAAAUUCCCAACGUUAAAAACAUCAUCCUAGUCUCGUCAGCCAAGGGAGGAGUAGGUAAAUCUACCGUUUCGGUAAAUACAGCCUUGGCAUUGAACAGUCUUGGUGCAAAAGUUGGAUUGCUAGAUGCAGAUAUCUUUGGACCUUCCGUGCCUCGUCUUUUAAACCUACAGGGUGAGCCUCGAUUGUCAUCUAGUGGGAAAUUAAUCCCUCUUUCCAAUUACGGAGUUCAAUCGAUGUCAAUGGGGUACUUGGUAUCACCAGAGCAAGCGGUAGUAUGGAGAGGGUUAAUGGUUAUGAAAGCGCUCCAGCAAUUGCUCUUUGAAGUCGAAUGGUCACCGAUUGACUACUUGGUCAUUGACAUGCCACCAGGAACCGGUGACACUCAAUUGUCAAUUGGCCAGCUCUUGCAAGUGAAUGGUGCCGUGAUUGUCAGUACGCCCCAAGAUAUUGCAUUAAUUGAUGCUGUCAAGGGGAUAAAGAUGUUUGAAAAAGUGGAUAUCCCCAUAAUUGGAAUUGUGCAAAACAUGAGUCAUUAUAUAUGUCCCAAUUGUAAGCAUGAGUCGCAUAUUUUCAGAUCGGAAGGUGCGAGAAGAAUAGCCGACGAACAUAACUUAAAGACCCUUGGAUCUAUACCAUUAGAUGAAGAAAUAUGCUUGCAAUCAGAUGCAGGGAAACCCAUAGUGAUAUCUAAUCCCGAUUCAGAAAGUGUCAAGCCUUAUUUUGAUAUUGCCAGAUCCAUAUUAGAUUUUACCAAGUAA